CUAGUGACGAUCAUUAACUGCGUUGAGGCAUACUCGCUAGCGUCGAAAACGGUUUUACACUGGUCGAGCGUUUGUGAUAUAUCUUUAAAAAAAAACCAACAGCAACAAAAUCGUCCUUCGCCCGAAAGGAUCCCACGAUGUUGAAAGUUGUUCUCCCUUUGCUUUUUGCGGCCUUCGCUUUGACAACUGCUCUACCGGUCAGGAACAGAUUCUUCGAAGAUGUCGAUGACUACAAGCGGGAUUUUGUCCCGAAGAAAACCUCGGAUUUCUACGAAAUUGCUUACGACGAGUAUCUUCGACGACGCGAACCGGCGCUAAGCGAAGGUCUUCUAGAAAACUAUGAGGACUAUGCCACAAAACGGGGCUUUGACGACAACUAUUACAGAGACGAGCCGGAAAAGGAAGAAUUCAGCGAUGAUGAAGUUUUGUCGCGUGCUUUCCUUCCUGAAGAAGACGAGAUGGCUUUCGACAAAUCAGACGAGGACUAUCCUCUUGAAGAUCCAGCACCAUGGCACCCAAUGGAGGAAGACAGCGUCGAGGCAGAUGAAUAUAUCCCCAAGUACCCAAACGAAGAAGAGGCUGACGAGUGGCUUUCCAAUGAACAAAGCGCAUGGACGAAUGCUGACGAUGAGCAGGAGAACGACGAAGAGGGAACGUUCGAUGUCCCGGAGGAGGAGGUAGACGAUGAAUUUGACCUGGCUGACGAUGCUGACAUGGCUGAAGAAGCUGGCAUGGCUAAAGAGGAACCUAACGAUGCGGAAGAGGAUGAAAUCGAUGAGGAAUUUGAAGAGGAUGAACCUGCCGUGGAAAAGGUUGAAGAAAUAGCGAAAGAAAGCGAUGAUACAGCCGAAAAAGCAGCAGAGGAAGCUAAGGAAGCCAUGGUGAAAGAUGAAUCAGAGGAAGAUGAAGCUGAGGAAGUAGCCGACGAAAAAGAUGAAGGCAAACAGGCAGACGAACCUGAGGAGGAGCAAGAGUCUCAAGAGGAAGAUGAAGCCGCAAAAGCAACGGAAGAAGAAGAUGAAGUUGAUGACAUGCUUCAAGAUGACGAUGAAACAGAGGAAGAUGACGCCGCGGAAGAAGACAAAGGAGAAGAUAAAGCUGAUGCCAUGCUUCAAGAUGAGGAUGAAACAGAGGAAGAUGACGCCGCGGAAGAAGACCCAGAGGAAGAUGAAGCUGAUGACAUGGUUCAAGAUGAAGAUGAAACCAAGGAAGAUGAUGCCUCGGGAGAAGACAAAGAGAAAGAUGAAGGCGAACAGGAAGAUGAGCCUGAAGAGGAAGAUGAAGCUGAGGAUGCGGCUAACGAUCUGCCUAUAGAAGACGUGGACGACGAACAAGAAGACGAACAAGAAGAUGAUGAAAUCGAGAAAUACGCAAAUGAAUUGUGGAGAGAAGAUGCGGAUGCUGAAAGUGACGAAGACGCCGAAGCCCGCGUAAGCCUGCCCCGAUACAGAGAUUUCCCAUCCGAGAGGAAAAUGGUAGAGGACCACAACAAAUUAGGUAGGAUAAUCAGCUUUUUCCUCUCUUUUCCAAAUCUUUUUCCUUGUAGCUCACGAGAAGAUUAAUUAAACUCUACUUCAUAUACAGCCCCAUAGCUGGGAUAUACAUGUAUCACUACUUUAUGAUGGCAGCUUUUCAGCAAAAAUAAAUAUACAUAUAUAC